AUGCCUCAAGUGGAUCUUGUCUCGGUCUGUGCCAGCGGCCCCUGUGACGGAAAAUUUGUGUGCGAGACACUCACUUCCGAGAAGGAUGACGACCCCGACGCCCCGCCGGAGUCCUUCUGGCUUUCCAAGGACGCCGAGUUUGACUGGGUCGACCGGAAUGCCUUCUUCGAGCGGAAGGACUCCGGCAAAGGCGGCAUGACCCCGAACUUGACCAACCUGAACCCCAUGAUCAGCCACUCCGCCAACUCCCAGCUCUUACCGAUCCCCUUGAACUUCAAGUCCAACGCGUCCAUCAUUGGGCUUCCGAAGACCCACAAGCCCGGGUUUGGCUUGGAUUCGAAGAACCGGAGGAACUGUAGAGCGGGAAACACGCGACUGUUUCCGAAGCUAACUGGAUCGGUCGGGAAGUCCGGUGCUGAUACGUCAAUGGUCGAGCCGUCCUCGCCAAAAGUCUCGUGCAUGGGGAGAGUGAGGUCGAAAAAGGAUUCAGACGGGAGAAGAGAAUCCCAUGAUCAUGAACCGGACAAGGCAAGAAAGUCCCGGUUCUUCUCGAGCUUUCAGGCGCUGUUCCACUCCGGUUGCAGGGAGUGCCGGGCAAUUGCAGUGCACACACCAACAGCGGAGUUGCCUGCAAGAAAGAGCCCGGCAGAGCUUAUGGCGCGUCACGUCAGGGAACGAACACCGGCAAAUGGAGUCGGAGACCAGUCCUGGGAUUCGAUCCCGAGGAGGAGCUCGGUUGAUGGAGAAGCGCCCGGUUUGGGCGGGAUGAUGAGGUUUCGUAUUUCGCGGGUGGAAGGCCGCGUGGGGGAGUCAGAGGUGGGUCCCACAGAAGGAAAUGGUACGGCUCUCGUUGUUGGUGAUUGGGUGUCCACGUGGGACCCGCUUCCCUUCAACGGGGCCUUUGGGUGA